AUGCCGACUUCUCUGCAAGAUUUCGAGAGCGUGUGGCCCCGUAUUGUCGGGGACCUUGAGGCUCACUGCAAACACUACAAACUUCCCCAGCAGUCACUUGAUUGGUUCAUUAAAUCUCUGAACUACAACACUGUCGGAGGAAAAUGCAACCGAGGAAUGUCGGUCGUCGACACUGCGUCGAUUCUUCGAGGAUCUGCUCUCACCCCAGGAACUGAGGAGUACUUCCGUGCCGCACUUCUCGGCUGGAUGAUCGAGCUUUUGCAAGCUUUCUUCCUGGUCUCUGACGAUAUCAUGGACUCUUCCAAGACACGCCGCGGAAACCCUUGCUGGUAUCUUGCCCCUGGUGUCGGCAUGGUUGCCAUCAACGAUGCUUUCAUGCUUGAGUCUUCUAUCUAUGUCUUGCUCAAGAAGCAUUUCCGCCAAGAGGCCAGCUACAUCGACAUGGUCGAGCUUUUCCAUGAGGUUACGUUCCAGACCGAGCUUGGCCAAACCUGUGAUCUGUUGACCGCACCUGAGGACAAUGUGGAUCUUAGCAACUUCAGCCUUGAAAAGUUCACCUUCAUUGUCAUCUUCAAGACUGCCUACUACUCUUUCUACCUUCCCGUCGCUCUUGCCCUUCACUACACUGGAGCUGCCACACCAAAGAACCUCCAGACUGCAUUGGACAUCCUCAUUCCAAUGGGAGAGUACUUCCAGGCUCAGGAUGAUUACCUCGAUGCUUUCGCUGAUCCCGAGGUUCUGGGAAAGAUCGGAACCGAUAUCCAGGACAACAAGUGCUCAUGGCUCGUCAACCAAGCACUGAACAAGGUCAACCCUGAGCAACGAAAGAUCCUCGAGGACAACUACGGCCAGAAGAACUCCGCAAAGGAGGCCAAGGUCAAGGAGCUGUACAAUGAGUUGAAGCUCGCCGAGUUUUACGAGCAGUGGGAGGAGGAGCGUGUCGCGGAUCUUAGGUCUAAGAUUGACAAGAUCGAUGAGUCGGACGGCCUCAAGAAGGAGAUCUUCGAAGUCUUUCUUCAAAAGAUAUACAAGCGCAGCAAGUAA